AUGGCCCUCUCCUUGUCUUCUUGCCUUCGGAGUUGGCCAAGUUUUUACACGGUCGUUGGCCGCCGCUACUUUCACCCCCACACCCACGUCCCAGGGCCCUUUCUCUGGUCCGUCUUUGGCCUGCCUCUCCCUUACCAACAACCGCCUUGGAAGGGCAGCUUAUGCAUGUGCUCCCCAAGCUCUACGCCAUCUACGGUAUGUCCCGUCGUCCGUAUCAGCCCCGAUGAGAUCUACUUCAGCGACCCGAAAAACUAUGACCGGAUUCACAGCGUGGGGUCAAAGUUCUACAAAGAUCCUGCAUUCUACGGGUACAUGGAGGGUCCGCUGAAGACACCCAUAAUCCUGAUUGUGAUCCCAAACGAAGACCACCGGGUGCGGCGUGCAUUCGAGCCCAUCGUCCGCGGCAAGGCGCGCAAGCUGGUCGAGCUCAUCGAGGCGACGCUUCUCAGCGGCAAAGAGGGCAGGCCAGGCCCCGGUGUUUUCGACGCCUACCACGCCGUCCGCGCCUUCUCGGUCGACAUGGACAUGGAAAACUGGAGUGCCGGGUACCAGGAAGUCAUCCGCCCCGUGCAGUCCUUUUUCCCCUGGUUUUCGACCUUCCCGUUCCUGUCGUCCGUGUUCGGCCUGGUGCCCGACUCGGUCAAUUUUGUCCUCUUCCCGUGGUUCAAGAAGUGGUACGAUAGCUUGCAGGUCAUCCGCACCGCUGCGACGAGGGUCCAGAAAGAGAUAUCAAUGGGUGUCGUACCGCCGCGCCGCACCAUCUUCCACAACUUGAUGGACCCUCCUCCGUUCGAGGACGAGGGCGACAACAAGAAGCAGCGCCCUCGACUCUCGGACGAGAUCGUGUUCGCCGACGCCGUCAACGUGACGGGUGCCGGUGCCGAGACCACGGGCUCGACAGUCGGACGCACCAUCUUUGAGGUCAUCAGUAACCCGGUCGUCUAUGCCACGCUAUCCCAGGAGCUCCGCGAGGCACUGCCAAGCUCAGACCCUGACACGUUCAGUCUGGUAGCUCUCGAGAAGCUGCCGUACCUGAGCGCUGUCAUCAAGGAAGCCAUGAGGCCACCUCCCGCGUGUCGUCCCGGCUGGGGCGCCGGUGUCACCUUCAACGGCUACACGGUGCUGCCAGGGACGGUGGUGAGCAUGAGCGCGUGGACGCUCUACUACAAUACCGAAGCGUUUCCGGACCCGGAGCGGUUUGACCCGACGCGGCGGACCAACGCGCCAUCCGCGGACGCCCUCCGCGCGCGCGAGAAGAGCAUGAUACCGCUCGGCCGCGGCUCGCGCACCUGCCUGGGCCAGAACCUGGCUCUGUGCGAGCUGCAUUACAACCUGGCCAGCAUCUUCCGGCGCUUCGACUUUGACGGAGACAGCACGGGUCGGAGACUUGGGGUGCAUCCCGACUUUGCGCGGUCCAAUCUGCAGCUGGUUGAGAUGCUGCUUGGCUACCAUCCGCGUAAGGCCAGGGAACUGCGCCUCAUCCUCGAGAGCGCGAAAUAA